AUGGCUUUCGACGACGAUGACCCCACGGCCAUCGCGCCCGGUUUCACGAACACCAGCACCCCAAGCUCCUUCGAGGAUGUCCCUACCGCCGCACCGAUCACCGACGAUGACGGCGCCGAUGGCGAGGACGGCGACAAGAUGCAGGACUUCCGCCACUUCGCCUCACUCCUCCCCAAUAAGAAUGGCGGCGGCGGCAGUUACAAGACCAAGCAGCAGGCCUCGGGCCGAUCGAUCCGCCGCGGCGAAAAGGACUUCGAGGCUCACGGCACGCGCGCGCAGGACGGCGUACUGGAGGACAGCCGCGGCGCCAUGCACGAGGUGCUGAGCUACACGCGAUACCAUAAAAAAGACGUCCUGCGCGGGUGGUAUUUCCCCGACCGGUGGACGGAUAUGCCUGCCGAGCCUGAGGACGGCGCUACGGAGAGCGGAGGGGAGAUUUGUGAGGGAAAGGGAGAAGGAGAGGGGACGGGGCUGGCGCUGGGACUGUUUGCGAGGGAAAGGGUUGUGGUGCUCGAUGCGGACAGGGGCAACUUCCUCACGACGAUGGGGAGGGUCGUCACGGGCGUCGGGGCUGUGGCGGAGCGGAAUCGCAAUACGCCCGGCUGGCUUCGGACCUGGCUGCUGCCUGAGGAGGCGCUGUAUCUGGUCGAGCGUGGGUCGCUGGACUUGUGGUGGCCGUCGCGCGGGAUCGAGGAGGUGAUGCCCGUUCCGGCUCAGAAGGAGGAGGGAAGAGAGGACAAGGGUGGUGAUGAUGUGGAAGAGAAGGAGCAGCUCGUGGACUACGACCUUGGGGUUCCGAUCAGUCUGCAGGCGGCAUACGCUCUGUUCAUAGGGCAAGACGGCGAGAGGGGCAAGGUCAGCCUCGAGAAGUACCAGGUCUAUGCGAAUCUGCGGCGGACGGGAUACAAGGUACUGCGCGCAUCGGCACUAUCGCCACUGCCUCCCAUACCAGAAUCGCAACCGCCACCCACCUCGCUGUGGCAAUGGUUGUUCUCGCUGCUGCACAAGGACAACGACGAGCCCGCAGAGAUCACCCCACCAGCGACACAUCCCCGUCCAUACGGGCCCCUCGUCCAACCAGGCUUCUACCGCUCCUACUGCCCCAUCUUCACCCAACUCGCCCUCAUCCCGCGCCACAAACCCGGCCCCGUCCUCCCCGACCUCUCCUCCCGCCAGCCGCCGCAGGAGCCCUUCAAGAUCCACUACCACAUCUGGAACAACAGCUCGGUCUUCACCAAGACGCGACCCUCGCCGCCCGACUUCCGCAUCGCCGUCGUCGACGCCCGCGGCUCCGCCGUGCCCGACCUCGAGCAGAUGGCCGGCAUGCUCGAGUCCACACCCUGGGACCCGCCCGCUGUUGGAUCCCAACAAGACCAGAAGAAUCAGAACCCGACGAAUGCGAAUGUGGGGCUCAUGUAUCGAAGGCUGAAGCAUGCGUGGCGUAAUGCCGUCGUGGCCGUCGUGGACCGCGGGCUGAUUAGCUAUCUAAGGUUUGGCGAGAUGGCGUUUGGGGAGGAGAGGCUGUAUGAGCGGAUUGGGGGCGGGAGGGGUGGGAAGGGGGGUAGGGGUGGGAGGGGAGGACGUGGGGGUAGGGGUGGUAGGGGGAGAAGGAGAGGGACGGGACGGGGAGGAUGA